UUUUUUUCUCUUUUUUGUUUGACAGAAAAGCCCAUUGAUGAGCAAUUUUUUCAAUAGCUUAAUAUACAACUUCUCAAACAUUCUUUCCAUUGGCCCUGAGCCACCAAGAGAAGGAGAGGAGCAGUGUGGAACAGGCUGCUGCCAAGAACAACAGAGCAACAACGAAGGCUGUUGCCAAGGUAGUGGCAAUAGCGACGGAUGCUGUAAAGAUAACAAUCAAAUCUUGGAAAUCGAAUCAGUCAAGAUUCUGUAUUCCUCAUUGACAGGCACUGCAAAGACGUUUGCUAAUGAAGUGGAAGAAAAGCUCAAAAGUACAAAAUUUGUCAAGAUUCAAAAAUUAGAAACCAUGGAUAUUACCGACUACGACAACGAUAACUUGCUAAAUGAAACUUCAGUUUGUAUCUUUAUCCUUGCUACUUAUAAUGUAGAAGGACCUUUGGACUGGUAAAACAAGAAACAAUAAAAAGACAAAACUAAACAUUAAUGCAUGAUCUGUAGGUUCUCAAACUGGCUUCAUGACCUUCGAUACGAUUUCCGAGUUGACAGAGACGCUCUAAAGAAACUGCGAUACGCAGUAUGUGGCUUGGGAGAUUCUGCAUAUGGAGACGAAUUCAAUGUAGCUGCGGCCAAUAUUGACAAGUGGUUGGGAAGAUUAGGCGCAACUCGCAUCUAUCCCUUGGGAGAGUGUGACAAGAACGCAGAUCAAAAGGCACAAUUUGACGUUUGGUCUAAUGGAUUUAUUUCAGAACUUCAAGAUAAGCAUACUUUGGAGUUUGCACCUACCAAUAUCGCAUAUCAAUCAGAUGAUGACGAUGAAGAGGCUGAAGAAGCAGAAGCCAUUGGUUCAGAAGAUGAAAUGGUCGAUUUGGAAGAUAUGGGUAAAAUGGCCACUAAGAUUAAGGCAGCAAAGGCAAAACGUGCAGAAGAAGAGGAGGAUUUUGAAAAUAGUAAAGCAAAAGCAAAGAGAGCGAUUGGUGAAGACGCCAAGAAGCAGGACAAACCUCAGGCUCGUGAAAUGGUAUCACCCAUGAUUCUCAAGAACUUGACAAAGCAAGGUUAUAAAGUGGUUGGAUCCCAUUCUGGUGUAAAGAUCUGUCGUUGGACAAAAUCUGCUCUUCGUGGAAGAGGUUUCUGCUACAAGCACGCAUUUUACGGUAUCCAAAGUCAUCUUUGUAUGGAAACAACUCCUUCGCUGGCUUGUGCUAACAAAUGUGUGUUUUGCUGGAGACAUCACACAAACCCUGUGGGAACGACUUGGAGAUGGAAAGUGGACGAUCCUAAAUUCAUCUUGGACGGUGCCAUGGAAAACCAUUAUAAGAUGAUCAAGCAACUUAAAGGUGUGCCUGGUGUCAAGGCGGAACGUUUCCAAGAAGCUUUCACAAUCCGUCACUGCGCCCUUUCACUUGUAGGCGAACCCAUCUUUUACCCUCAUAUCAACGAUUUUGUAAACAUGUUACACGAACGCAACAUCUCCUCCUUCUUGGUCACCAACGCUCAAUUCCCUGACAAAAUUGCUGAAAUGGUGCCUGUCACACAGCUUUAUGUAAGCGUAGACGCUGCUACCAAGGAGUCAUUAAAGAAGAUCGAUCGUCCCUUAUUCAGAGACUUUUGGGAAAGAUUUUUAAACUGUUUGGAACAACUGUCACUGAAAGGUCAGCGUACGGUUUACCGUAUGACUUUAGUCAAGGGCCACAACACAGAAGAGAUUGAUGGAUAUGUUGAGCUAAUCCGCCGUGGAAAGCCCUCAUUUAUUGAAGUCAAGGGAGUCACGUACUGUGGAUAUAGUGGUGCAAGUGACUUGACGAUGGCCAACGUACCCUUCCAUGUGGAAGUGAUUGAUUUCUGUCGCAAGUUGGUUUCCAAACUGGAUGGCGAAUACGAAAUUUCUGCUGAGCAUGCGCACUCUUGCUCACUCUUGAUUGCCCACAAGAGUUUCAAGGUCAACGGUGAAUGGUACACUCAUAUUGAUUAUCCCAAGUUCUUUAAGCUUGUCAAGAGCGGCAAACCAUUCACUAGCUUGGAUUAUAUGGCUAAGACACCUGAAUGGGCUGUGUUUGGUCAUGAAGCAGCAGGCUUUGACCCUGAUGAAACCCGAUUUUACAGAAAGAACAGAAAGAACGUGGAGCCACCAGUGAUUAAGACUGAAGCAUAAUUCUUUAAUUUUGAUUUCGUACAUGUACAUAUUUAUUUAUUAAAAAAGUAAAUAAAAAAGUCUAUAAUGUGAGUACUUUACGAGGUACAAUAGAUAAGAUGCUUUCUACUAGAGCAUAGCGAGUGACAAA